UUGAAUCCUGGUUGUGGGUCGUGUCCUUGUUUUGAUUUCUGAUUUUGAUUCUUUUUUGGGGUUCUGGUUGUGUGUGUGGGUUGUUCGUGGUUUGUGUUGUCUGUUGGGCUGUUGACGCUAACUUCCGUAGCGUUGCCGUGACGACAUGGACCCCACCUUUGUGGGGGGGGGGGGGAGGAGUUGGUUCACGAGAACUCCCGUAAUGUGACUCCCAACUUUCUUAACUUUCUUCAUCGUCACAGAAUAUUGGCGAACGUUGUUAGUUUUGUUUGACCAGAGGCAACGGCGUGAGAAGCUGACAGCUGACUAUCUACGCUAUGGUUACACACACAACACAUUUUAUCACACAAAAAAAACACGCAUGUGCAGUCACACACACUCACUUACACACAUACACUAGUGUACACGCUCACACACACUUACACACACACCAAAACACACAAAACUGCAUACACACAGACACACUCACGUGCACGCACGCACACACAUAGACAAAGAUGCGUACACACAAACACAUAAGCAGGCAGACGCACACACACACUCAAACACACUUGCAAGUUAAUGAUCAACAGUGGAGCCAAGAUGCAGUGAGAGUUGGAGCGAGCGCGACGACGGGAAGAAAAACAACAAGAACAUCUUGACUGGAGGCAGCACAACCUUCAAAACCUCAAAACCUUCAGAACCUCCGAAACUUAAGAACCGCAGAACCUGCUGGUUCUUCUUCAUCUUCUUCUUCCUGGUCAUGUGAUGUGUGACGUGUCAAAUGGACAUCGCUGCUAUGAUGGACGAGCUGACGGACGCGAUGGAGGACGGACAGCGAGAGGUUUCCCUGCAUCAUUCCGCCUGCUACCAGAACGAGCCGGUCACUCACCUACUGGACGGAGGACACGCGGCCUGGGACAGGCGAGCGGAGCCGGCCUGCCAAUCGUUGGCGCCUCGGGGCGGAGCGCUCGGCGACCAGAGCGUCGUCAUACUGCACGCCAAAGUCGCCCAGAAGUCUUACGGCAACGAGAAGAGGUUCUUCUGUCCUCCUCCGUGCGUUUACAUCGGCGGCAAUAUUUGGAGGUUGAUGCACGACCUCCUACAAGCGAGCGUGUGCGGCGGUGGCGGCGCCGUGCGCGGCUACAUGUGCGUGGACAGCGCCGCGCUGACCCACAGCGACGCCUACAAGCUCAACUUUGAAACGCUGCCCGACACGGCGGGGAUGUUGGCGUGCGCCAAGUCUUUGUUCAUCUCGGACCAGGACAAGAGGAAACACUUCCGCCUCCUCCUUAGGCUCUUCCUGGAAGUGGGCUCCAGCAGACAGGAAGUGGGCUCCUUCCACAGCCGCCCGAUCAAAGUCAUCUCCAAACCGUCGCAGAAGAGACAAACCAUGAAGAAUGCGGACCUGUGUAUCUCAGCCAGUUCGCGUGUUGCGUUGUUCAACCGCCUUCGCUCUCAGACAGUCAGCACUCGCUACCUGGCCGUGGAGGGCGGGGCAUUCGUCGCCAGUGCCCGACAGUGGACCGCCUUCGCCAUCACGCUACUGGAGGAUCAUCGCGCCGAGCAUCAAGGCGACUUUGUCCUGAGUGAAGGAUUCGUCUGUUACGGUUCUGUGGUCCAACUUGUGUGCACUGAGACUGGACUCGCUCUGCCCCCCAUGGUGAUCCGGAAGGUAAACAAGCAGCACGUCGUCUCGUGCGUGGACGAGCCCGUGUCUCAGCUGCACAAAUGCGCCCUGGAGAUGCGAGAGUCGCCGCGAGCCUUCCUGGCCGUCGCCAACGACGCCGUCGUGCUGCACCGGGCGGCGUCCAGCGAGCGGGAGGCCGGCCGAGCGCUCCUGAACGACGGCUCGUGCUGGACCGUCAUCGGCGUGGAGGUGGUGGAAUUCGCCUUCUGCCGGGGAGACGCCGCCAGCGUCCGCACGCCCGUCACGCCGUUUCCCGACGUCGCCGGCCUGGAACUGAACGGCGGCGGGCACGUGGCCACCUUGGAGCUCCACGGCGACAACUUCGGGCCUCACCUCAAAGUUUGCUUCGGCGCCAGCGAGGCCGACACCAUGUUCAAGUCCGCAAAGUCCCUCGUAUGCGUGGUUCCUGACGUGUGCGUGUUGCGCUGUGGUUGUCGUGGCCACAGCGGUCAAGGAGGUCGUUGUCACAGCGGCGCGGUGACGGUGCCCAUCUCUCUGCGGCGACGGUGCGACGGCGUCCUCUACCGCACCGCCUUCAGCUUCACGUACACGCCGGAGCUCCGCCAGCCGCAGCGUCGCCCGGCGCGGCCGCCCGACGCCGACGGCGCGCGCCAGGACGACGCCCUGCUGGAGAGCAUACAUCACGAGUUCGCCAGAAGCAACUUCCACCUCUUCACGCAGCCUUGAAACCCUAACAGAGACUUCUAAGCCUAACUUGAAACCUUAUUCCAAGCUAGAAACCCAAAUUUGAAGUUUUAACCAUGGCUAGAAACCCUAAUUCCUAACCCUAACUUGAAACCUUAACCUUGGCUCGGAAACCUGUUUUUGAAACCCGAACCUCGUUUAAACCUUUACGACAUCCAGAAAUAAAAACAUCAGAUCAUCAUCUGCGUGUGUUGAUGUUCUGUGCGUGUAUUUUGUAUGUUUUCCAAACCUAACCCUAACCCAAAGGCAGAAACCUUAAUCCUGCUCGACACGUCAUUUGUAACGCUAAAUUCAAAUCCCAUUUUAAAACCCAAAUUGAUGCUUCAACUUGAAACCCUAAUUGGACACCUUAUCCCUCGCCUGACGCGCCAACGAAGCCACGGUUGGAACCCUACCCGUCCGAACUGCGUGGCAUUUAAGGCAGCGGCGCCCUCUCGUGGCCACGCGGACGACGACAAGUGUAAACCUGCAAGCAGAUUUUUGCCGACCGUGGAUGAAUGCCAUAUUUGGGGGUUUUCCAGUGGAAUCAUAAGAAAACUGGAUGGGGAAGAAGACAAGAUCGUAGAGAACAAAAAGU